AUGAGUGAGGAAGAUUUCACGCGGUUACCGCUAGAGCAGAAACUCGAUCACAAGUUGUGGAAAGCCAGACUCAAUGGGUACCAAGAGCUGAAUCAAAAUUUCAAAGGCGGUAAGGGCCAGGAACACUGGAGAAGGCCGGAGUUGUUUGGAAAGUAUCUUAUGGAUUCAAACGUAGUUGCACACGAACAAGCUGUGAUCAGUUUAGAGACUUUCCUCAAAGAGGUUGAUGUGCCCGCCAAGGGAAUUGAUCUGAAGACCAUUUUUGAAAUUUGGAUCCCUGCACUGGCUGAGAAGGGCCUGUCGUCAUCCAGGGCCACAACUAAGGAAAAGGCUAACGAGUGUAUUAUUGUGCUAUGUUCUCUAGACCGAUCCAUUAUGCAGAGUGUGGAAUUGAUACUGCCGUUUUGUGAAAAAAAGAUGCCGAAAUUGGUAGCGAAUUCAUUGCACAGUUUGAGAGAACUGAUUAAAUCCUUUGGGCUAACCAAUUGCAAUUCUCAACAGUUGCUACCGCAACUGUUGGCGCCAUUAGCUAAACUAGCAGGACAUGCAGACAAAAACGUUAGGUCUGAAACGUUGGGACUGAUUGUAGAAAUUUACAAAUGUACAGGUAGAAAUAAGGCUUUUUUACAAGAAUUAUUAUUAGAUCAAUUAAAGCCCAUCCAACAGAGAGAGCUAGACAAGUUGUUUACAGCGGCAGAUUCGGAAAAUCCCCAAGAUCAGGCAUCGAGGUUAUUUGUAUGGCAACGGAGGGAACAAGAAAAUAGUGCGAAGGAUCACGAUGGUGACACGAUAAUGGAACAGCAAUUUUCUCAAGGUCAUGGGACUUCAGCUGCACCGGCAUCUGUACCGGCAGCAGCAGCACCACCGGUCCCCAUUGAUCCCUUGGAUCUUUUGCCAGAACAAACUAUUCUUGAUAAGUUACCAGAAAAUUUUUACAGCAGACUUUCAUCAAGCAAGUGGAAGGACAGAGUGGAAUCGUUACAAGAAUUUUACGACAGGGUACUAGUACCUCUGAAAAAGUUGAAGUUCCACAAGGAAGAUUAUAGCGAGCUUUUGUCUGCACUGGGUCACGUGAUUCAAAAAGACGCCAACGUUCAGGCUGUAUCCUUGGCGGCACAAUGCGUUAGUGAAAUUUGUCAGAAAAUGAAAAAUACCAAUUUUAACAAACAUUACGUCGGGUUCGUGUUUACCCCAUUGUUAGAAAGAACAAAGGAAAGGAAGACUACAGUAGUGGAGACCAUUAGAAAUGCGUUGCAAGCAUUAUGUCGACAACAGUAUCCAUUAGCUUCUCAUGGUCACAAUGAAGAUAUGUUGCAAGAAAUCUUAGAUUUUAUGAAGCACAAGACCCCACAAAUUAGACAAGAAACAACACUUCUUUUCAUCUUUAAUCUAAAACAACUAGGUCAACAAUUAGGUGGUAAUGGAGCCAAGAAGAUCCUACAAAAAUAUUUGCCCGAUGAAAUUUGCCCAGCAGUUACCAAGAUUGUCAAUGAUACUCAACCUGCCAUUAGAGAAUGUGGAUUUGAAUGUUUUGCAGUUUUGAUUAAAAUUUUAAGUAGAAAAGAAUUACAUUUUGAACUUGAAAAAUUGGAUAAUUUGAAAAGACAAAAGAUUCAAGAUCAUUUAGAUAAACUGCCUGAGUUAGAAUCGUCAGUCGAAUCAGAACCAACAGCAGCGGCGUCUGCGACGGCAACAGCAACACCAACGACAGCGGCAGCACAAUCACCUACGGAAGCUUCCACAAUUCCUUCUAAAAGGGGCCCCACUUCGCCGCUGAAAAAAUCCAAUUCCCCCAAUGUGCCAAAAUCAAGAGUACUUCUCACUUCAAGAACUUUAGGAACACCACCGGCAAACGCUCCUUUACAACCAGCAGCUACGACUACUUCCCGCACGCAGGCACAAGCACAAUUUAACACAGAAUUAACCAAGUUGCAGAAGGAUAAAUCUGAGUGGAUCCAAGAACGUCAUCAGCUAUUGUCCCAAGUGAACAAAUUAUCGAAUUCUCAAACCCAGCUGGUCAGUGAAAACGAAGCCCUUCGAGAGCAGUUGAAAUUGUCACAAACGAAUCUACACGAACGCGGACUACAGCUGAGGUCUAAGGACCUACAGCUUACCAAACUACAAGAUCGUAUUGCUCAAUUGGAGCUAGAUCUAAGAGAAUCUCACAUGCAAAUGCAACAACGUCAACUCUCAUCCUCUGAGCCUGCGUCCGCCAUAUCGACAAAUCUUGGUGUAAGAUCCAUUUCCUCAUCUUCAAUGGAUCCUACAAGUGCAACAGGGAAUGGCUAUUCCAACAGAUCAAAACAUCUAAGAACUCCAAGCGAAUCCAGUGAUGAUCUGCCCCGCCGUGUAGAUUCACUACAGCUAUCUAGCAGUCAACCGGGUGUGGCCGGUGUAACUGGAUCACUAUCAAAUCCAGUCGCCACAACAACUACUACCAGCAGCUCAUCCAGCGAUGCUAUCAAUGAAGAAAGUUGGAAGCGUGCCGCCGAGGUAACUUCACAGCUAAAGGCAAGAAUAGAAAGGAUGAGAGCCAAAACCAGAGGUAUAAAAUAA